GCUGCGCCGCCCGGCUUACCUGGGGACCCCGACCCCCUUCCUCCUGGCUCCUCUGCCCCCCCACCCAGUGCCGCCGGCGGGGGCCGGCGGGAACGCCCCUGGCCGGUUCGACCCCGCCCCCGGCCCCGCCUCACGCCCGCAGGGCCAGGAAGCGCGGAAAGAACCGCCGGGGGCCAUGGACGGGGCCGUGAUGGAAGGGCCGCUCUUCCUGCAGAGUCAGCGCUUUGGGACCAAGAGGUGGAGGAAGACCUGGGCCGUGCUCUACCCGGCCAGCCCCCACGGCGUAGCGCGCCUCGAGUUCUUCGACCACAAGGGGUCGAGCUCUGGAGGUGGCCGAGGGGGCUCGCGCCGCCUGGACUGCAAGGUGAUCCGUCUGGCCGAAUGCGUGAGCGUGGCCCCCGUGGCCGUGGAGAGCCCCCCGGAGCCCGGCGCCACUGCCUUCCGCCUGGACACGGCGCAGCGCUCGCACCUGCUUGCGGCCGAUGCGCCUUCCAGCGCCGCCUGGGUGCAGUCGCUGUGCCGAAAUGCCUUUCCGAAAGGCAGCUGGGCUCAGGCGCCCGCCGAGAACCCGAACCCGCCUCAGCUUUCUGCGCUGAAGAUGCUGGAGAACUCGCUGUACAGCCCCACCUGGGAAGGGUCCCAGUUCUGGGUAACCGUGCAGAGGACUGAGGCCGCCGAGCGCUGCGGGCUGCAUGGCUCCUACGUGCUGAGGGUAGAGGCCGAGAGGCUGACUCUUCUGACUGUGGGGGCCCAGAAGCAGGUCCUGGAGCCACUCCUCUCCUGGCCCUACACCCUGUUGCGUCGCUAUGGCCGGGACAAGGUCAUGUUCUCCUUUGAGGCCGGUCGCCGCUGCCCCUCGGGCCCUGGAACGUUCACCUUCCAGACAGCACAGGGGAAUGACAUCUUUCAGGCCGUGGAGACGGCCAUCCACCGGCAGAAGGUCCAGGGAAAGGCUGGCCAGGGGCACGAGGUUCUCAGGGCGGACUCUCAGGAAGGAGAGGUGCUGGAAGGGAAGUUGGCUUCCCCUCCUGGCCCCCAGGAGCCCCUGGGAAAUCCCCCAGCCCUGUAUGCGGAGCCCUUAGACUCCCUCCGUGUUCCCCCUGGCCCCUCCCAGGACUCCCUGUACUCAGAUCCCCUGGACAGCACUGCUGCUGGGGCAGGGGAGGGGGGACCGCAGAAGAAGCGUCUCUACUGGGACUUGUACGAGCACGUGCAAGAGCAGCUGCUGAAGGCCAAGGUGACAGACACCAAAGAGGACCCCAUCUAUGAUGAGCCGGAGGGCCUGGCCCCGGCCCCGCCCCGGGGCCUGUACGACUUGCCUCAGGAGCCCAAGGACGCAUGGUGGUGCCAGGCUCGGCUGAAGGAGGAGGGCUAUGAGCUCCCCUACAACCCUGCCACUGAUGACUAUGCUGUACCCCCGCCUCGGAGCACAAAGCCCCUUCCUGCUCCCAAGCCCCAGGGCCCAACCUUUCCGGAACCUGGUGUCACGACCGGCAGUGGCAGCAAAGCCCCCAGCUCAGACACUGCCCUGUACAGCCAGGUCCAGAAGUGUGGAGCUUCCGGCAGCUAGGACCAUGGGCAGUCUAGGGCAGGGAGUGGCAGGACUGGGGUCCAGUCAGAGGGCCCCACUUGAGAAGCAGGGCAAGGCCGGGGUUGCUGAUGGAAGGACCGCGAGGGCGAUGGCACUGGGGAUCAAAGAAACCUGUUAGAGCCAGCGUGUGUGAGCCCAGGGGAGCCAAGGGCUGGGGGCUGAGGGAAGGCCUGUCAAUCCCAGGAAGUCCUAGGAAGCGAACCAACUGGCAGGGCUGGAUGCUAGGCUCCAGGGAGGGUCAGCCAGCCCCCUCCCGCGGAAACAGAGUUGCUUGGCCAAGUGCACAGAAAGAGGUACUUAGAGGGGACAGCUUGGGGGGCCUGCGUGGAGGCUCAAGGGAACUGCUGGACUCUGCCUGCGUUGUUCUUUGCCAGAGACACAUUUUAAAAUUUAAAGAUUCUUAUUAAAGCCAGUUUGGAUUUCA